AUGGUGGAACAAGAUACUCAACUGCAUGCAAAUGGAGAUGCAGUUAAGAAGUCUGCUACAAAUAAUACUACUGGAACAGCUGUAAAUCCUACCUUAAGCAGAACUCCAGGGAAAAAGCAUACAAACGAAACUCUGGCUUCGAAAGGUAUAAGUAAAGAAAGCUUAUCCACAUCAUUAUCCUUGACUCCAGCUCCACCUGUUCCUGAGAAUUCUAGUAAAUCUGUAGCUGAUACUCAAAAUAUUGGGUCUGAAGAAGUGACUAGAGAAGCUAAGGAAGCUUCCUAUGUUGGUUGGAAACAAAUCGGUAACUGGGAAGAAAAAGAUACAUUGACUGCUCAAGAUGAAUUGCUAGAUUUAAACAGAGAAACUCUAUUGGAUAAUGUUUUACCUGAAAGUUUAUAUGGUGAUUGGUACCAUGCAGUCGGUAUUUUCUUUAUAGGUGGGUUUUUAUCCUUUGUCCUUGGUUAUUUCAAAUUUUCCAUGGCUCCUGUAUUUUUCGUUAUGCUAAUAACUUGUAUCUUAUACAGAACUUCUUCCAAGAAAUAUAGAGCUUCUAUUAGAGAAUUGGUUCAAAAAGAAUUUACUGUACAAAAGAUUGAAAAUGAUUAUGAAUCUUUGGAAUGGUUAAAUAGUUUCCUUGACAAAUACUGGCCAAUAUUGGAACCUUCUGUCUCACAAAUGAUUGUUCAACAAGUUAAUCAAACGUUGGCAACAAAUUCAAGCAUUCCAGCGUUUAUUAAAGCCAUUUGGAUAGAUCAAUUUACUUUGGGUGUUAAACCUCCAAGAAUCGAUAUUGUAAAGACUUUCCAAAACACCGAUUCAGAUGUAGUGGUUAUGGAUUGGGGGAUCUCUUUCACUCCUCAUGAUUUAUCCGAUAUGAAUGCUAAACAAAUGAGAAAUUAUGUGAAUCAGAAAGUUGUAUUGAAAAUGAAAAUGUUUGGUUUCACUUUCCCAGUUUCGGUUUCUGAAAUUGCAUUAAAAGCUCAUGCCAGAUUGCGUUUCAAAUUGAUGACACCUUUCCCCCAUAUUGAAACUGUUAAUAUUCAAUUGUUAGAUGUUCCAGACAUUGAUCUUGUAUCUUGUAUAUUUGGUGACUCUAUUUUCAAUUGGGAAAUUUUUUCCAUUCCAGGUUUAUUGGGAUUUGUUAAGAAAAUGGCAAAGAAAUAUAUGGGCCCAGUUUUAUUACCACCAUUUUCCAUUCAAUUGAAUAUUCCACAAUUGGUAUCAGGUUCCGCUUUGUCAAUUGGUGUUUUAGAAGUCCGUGUUAAGAACAUUAAAGAUAUCAAAAGUUCAUCUGAUAUAAUGAGUGAAACUUUGGAUCCAUAUUUGACAUUCGAAUCUAAUGGUAAAGUUGUUGCCAAGACAAAAGUUGUCAAGAAUUCUUCUAGUCCUGUUUUCAAUGAAGUAUUACAUAUCUUAGUGGGUUCAUAUACUGAUCCAUUGUCUAUCACUUUAUAUGAUCAAAGAGAUAAAAUUAAAGAUAAGAUAUUGGGUAGAGCUGAAUAUAACUUAAAUUCCUUCCAUGAUAAUAAUAGUCAAAAGGGUUUAUCAACCAUGAUUUUAAGAAAUUCCAAGCCAAUUGCCACUAUGAAUUUUGAUAUGCAAUUCUUCCCAACUUUGGAAAAGAAAAAGUUGCCAGAUGGUACUAUUGAAGACUUCCCAGAUUUGAAUACAGGUUUAGCCAAAGUUGUUGUCGAAGAAGGUCGUGGGCUUUGUGAAGUAGGUAAGAAGCUUAAUGCUUAUGUUGAAAUUUAUCUAGGAUCAGAAUUAGUAGCAACUACUGGUAAAGUUGAAAGUGCUGAUACUUUCCAAUGGAACGCAGAACAUGAAGCUGUUAUCUCAGAUCGUCGUAAGACUAGAUAUAGAUUCUUGGUCAAAAACUCAGAUGGCGAAACGAUUGCCUCUACAGUUCAAUCUUUGAAUGAUUUAUAUGAUAGAUCUGAAAUCGAUAAGAAAUAUAUUCCUCUAAAGGACAGUCAAGGUGAACUGAAAAUAUCUUUGUAUUGGAAGCCUGUGGCCUUGGAUUUAGGUUCCAAGACUAUUGCCUAUACUCCUCCAAUCGGUGUUGUUAGAUUAUUCAUUAACAAGGGUCAAGAUUUGAAGAACUUGGAAGCUAUUGGUAAGAUUGAUCCAUAUGUAGUUAUAGCGGUUAACGGUAUUCCUAAAGGUAGAAUUGAUGAGAAACUAAAUACUUUAAAUCCUAUUUGGAACCAAUCUAUCUAUGUGGCUGUAACUUCUCCAAAUCAAAAAAUUACCAUGGAUUGUAUGGAUAUUGAAUCAGGUAGUGAAGACCGUUCUGUUGGUUCCUUUGAUGUAAGAUUGCCAAAUCUAUUCCAAAAGAGCGCAGACGAUAGAUACAUUGAAUGUGUGGAUGAUGAGCCAAAGACUGGUCGUUUGGUUAGUAAGAAAGGUAUUCGUGGUAGUAUCACAUAUUACGCCUCCUUCUAUCCAACAGUACCAGUUUUAACAUUAGAAGAGGUUAAUGAUUUAACAAAUAUUACUAAGAAGCAAGCUCUUUUGAAAGAAAAAGCCGACUUAUAUGAUAAAAAGAAGAUGAGUAAAGAAGAAUUAGCUAAAAUGGAAAGGGAAGAAAGAGAACUAAAAGAACUUUCUGAAUUAUAUAGUAAUAAGAUGAAAUUAGAUUUAGAUGAGCUAUUACAAUACAAUUCGGGUGUUCUUGCAGUUUCCGUUCUAGAUGGUGAAUUACCCCAACCAAAUUUAUUUGUACAAGCAUUUUUUGAUUCAAAUGGUCACUCUCGUUUCACAAGUCCAAGAAUAUCUUCAAGAACAAUUAAAACAGGUUGGACUGGUGAUGUUAUGAUUAAAGAAUUGGAAUGGUCUGUUACAACUUUUAGAGUUGUUAAAAAUAAGAGUAGUAACAGAGCUGCUGAUUGUGCUUGUGAGGUUUCAUUACCCACAGUACAAUUGGUAAAAAACUGCUACAAGAAACCAUCUAUCCUUUCGUUAACUGGUUCAGGAAGUGCCAAAUUAAUGGUUCAAAUCUCUUGGUUCCCAGUAUCUGCUUCUAAACUACCGCAAUCAGAUUUGAUUACAAAUAGUGGUGAUUUAACAAUAAAUGUUUUGAACGCUGAAAACUUAAUUUCUGCUGAUUCAAAUGGGUUCUCUGAUCCUUAUUUGAAAUUCUAUUUGAAUGAAGGUGAAAAUAAUUUCUUCAAGACAAGUACCCAAAAGAAGACAUUAAAUCCAGUAUGGAAUGAAAGUACACAAAUUCAAAUUAAUAAUCGUGUUAAUGAUUAUUUAAAUAUUAAAGUAUGGGAUUGGGAUGCAGCCAAUACUAAUGACUUGAUUGGUAAGGCAGUUGUUCCAUUAUCUAAAGUUGACCCAGAAAAAGACACUACGUUAGAUGUUCCAGUUGUUGGUCCAUCUGGUGAAGAUGGUGGUGUUUUACAUUUGUCAUUCUCUUUUACACCAAGAUAUACUAUCAGUGUCAAUAAAAGAGAAACUAAAAUCAGUGAAAAUUCUGGUAAAGGUAUAAGUAGUGGUGUUAAAGCUGGUUCUUCAGUUGUUGGUGCAGGUGUUAAGGCUGGUACCACUGUUGUUGGUGCAGGUUUAGGAACUGUUGGUAAAGUUGGUAAGAUUGGUAAGGGUUUAUUCAGUAAGAAAAAAGGUGAAGCGAAACCUGAUUCAGAAAAAUAG